AUGCUACUUACCACAUUGCACUCGUUUGCCCUGGUCGCGGGUAGAAUCCGGCAGCCUCGCGGCAGCACCUUGAGCUUUAGCAGUGUGGAGAGCAAUGCCGACGUGCUAAGGCCUCUAACGCUCGUGAAGUUCAACUAUGAUGGCGACUUCUUCAUCACGUGCGGCAAAGAUGGCGAAGUGAAUCUCAUUAGAACUGAGACCUGCGAACGAGUUGGGACGUACAACCCUCCCGGUGAGAAGGCUGGUGCAGUUUUUGCCGUGGAUGUGACGAUGGACAGCACAUAUGUGGUUACGGCCAACGCAGAUGGAAAGCUGUGCUUCUACACCUUCAAGGGGGAGCACGUCUCUGCCAUCAACCAUGGUGGCGUCUUGAAGUACGUCGAAUGGAACCUGAAGCCGGGCGAUCAAAACAUGGUGUGCACGUGCAAUGACAAAUUCAAGAGUCAAUCAGAAGGCCUGGUUCCAAACAGGAUUAUGAUCUGGUCCUUCGAUCCUCCUCGGCGAAUCCUGUCCAUCGAUGACCAGCUUCCCAUGAAGGCCACCAAAGUCAAAUGGGGAGCUUUCGAUGAAACACUUGUCUCCAUUUUUGAGGAAGGCACUGUGAUCGUUUGGGACUCCUCGGACGGAAGGCAGCUGCAGCUCAUUCAGGCACACCAGAUGGCUGUCACAAGCAGCUUGGCGGUGCAGCGUUUCCGUUCUGGCUCCGGUCAGCUUUUCUGA